AUGGCCAUUGAUCCCACUAAGAAUUUCAAGCAAGAAAUAGAUUUGUUCCUGAAUCUGGCCCUUGAGGAAGGUAUCAUAAGCAAGAAUCGUGUCUCACAACUUACUGUCAAAGAUCCUCAGAAACAAAUCCUCUACUUGCUUCCAAAGAUACAUAAAUCUAUUACAAAUCCUCCGGGUAGACCAAUUGCAUCAGGGUGUUACAGGAGAGAGAACAAGCUUAUACUCAAGGGUCUACUGAAACCAUCUUUUGAGGACGUUCUAUCCAGUUCUUCAGCUUCCUCCAAGUCUGGCAAAUCUAAGUCGUCAAAAAAGCCUUCUCCAGCACCGGCUAGUGUCUCGGAACUGCCUUCUAAACGGUCAAACUCUGCCUCCUCGACUCCACUGCCUUCAGAGCUGAAGGAGAGCACUAUUGUGGUGUCAGAGUUGGUUCCAAGUGUUUCGGCGCCAAUCUCAGAACUGAUUGAAUCAGCAAUUGAAUCUGCUUCUCGGAGCCGCAUGAGCAGCCGAUCAGAUGAAAUUACAGACAUUCAAGUCCCUAGCUGCAAAUUAGUGGAAGUCGAGCAGCUAGCUGUAGAAGCCCAUGUAGGGUCAGUUCCACUUCCUCAGCCAUAUCAACCAGAUCCUAUAGUAAACUGUCCACUUUUCUGGUGGGAGUUUAAGGGCAGCUGUUAUCGGUUCUUCCCUGAGAAUAAGACAUGGCUAGAAGCUGAGCUUCACUGUGCAGAGUUCAGCAAUGGCAUCAACUCUGGGAAACUUGUAUCUAUUCAUAGCUGGGAGGAGAAUGUCUUUGUAUUUGAUUUGGUGAAUAGUGCAGUCGCUGGAAUUCCAAGAGAUAUCUGGAUAGGACUGAAUGACAGACACAUGGAAGGCCAUUUUGAAUGGUCAGAUGGUUCUCGUACUGAGUUUACUUACUGGAGUGAGAAUCAGCCAGAAGUCAAGGACUCUCCCUACCAGGAUGAGGACUGUGUGGAGAUCUGGUAUCGACCCUCUGGAGCCCUCAGGUCCUGGAAUGACAUUCGCUGUGAUCGUGCAUUCCCUUUUGUCUGCAAAGUGGCUGCAUUGACUAGCUAGUGGAUGGUUUCCUCACUUCCUUACUGGUAUUGCAUUGUUUGUCACAGAAUUCUGCACAUCUGAACAGAACAGUUUUUCUCAUCUUCAUACCACGAGACACCCUACACAGCUUUUUUGAUAUCGAAUGAUGCAGAGUUUACUUUGCCUGAACUUUCGAUUCCACUACACAA